CCCGGCGCGGCCCCGGAACUCUGGGCGGCACCGCGUUCCGGGAACUUUGGGCACCGCCUCCGGGACCCCCCGCCGGCCAGCAGGCGGGAUGGUGCCUGCCUCGUGCCCCGUGGUGCCUGUCUGCUGAUGUGCUCGGCCCGUGCCCGCCAUGUCGCACUCCAUCUCGGCCUUCCAGGCCGCCUACAUUGGCAUCGAGGUGCUCAUCGCCCUGGUCUCGGUGCCUGGGAACGUGCUCGUGAUCUGGGCUGUGAAGAUGAACCAGGCGCUGCGGGACGCCACCUUCUGCUUCAUCGCGUCGCUGGCGGUGGCUGAUGUGGCGGUGGGCGCCCUGGUCAUCCCGCUGGCCAUCCUCAUCAACGUCGGGCCGCAGACCUACUUCCACACUUGCCUCAUGGUGGCCUGCCCCGUCCUGAUCCUCACGCAGAGCUCCAUCCUGGCCCUACUGGCCAUCGCCGUGGACCGCUAUCUCCGCGUCAAGAUCCCUCUGCGGUACAAGACGGUGGUGACCCCACGGAGGGCAGCAGUGGCCAUAGCUGGCUGUUGGAUUCUUUCGCUUGUGGUGGGCCUGACACCUAUGUUUGGCUGGAACAAUCUGCGUCAGGUGGAGACGGCAUGGGCGGCCAACGGCAGCACUGGGGAGCCCGUGAUCAAGUGUGAGUUUGAGAAGGUCAUCAGCAUGGAGUACAUGGUCUACUUCAACUUCUUCGUCUGGGUGCUGCCGCCACUGCUCCUCAUGGUCCUCAUCUACCUGGAGGUCUUCUACUUGAUCCGAAAGCAGCUCAGCAAGAAGGUGUCGGCUUCCUCCAGCGACCCGCAGAAGUACUACGGGAAGGAGCUGAAGAUCGCCAAGUCUCUGGCCCUCAUCCUCUUCCUCUUUGCCCUUAGCUGGCUGCCCCUGCACAUCCUGAACUGCAUCACCCUAUUCUGUCCCACCUGCCACAAGCCCACCAUCCUUAUCUACAUCGCCAUCUUCCUCACGCAUGGCAACUCAGCCAUGAACCCCAUCGUCUAUGCCUUCCGAAUCCAGAAGUUCCGGGUGACCUUCCUUAAGAUUUGGAAUGAUCAUUUCCGCUGCCGGCCGGAGCCCCCCAUUGACGAGGACCUCCCUGAAGAGAAGAAGGUGGCCAGGAGCAGUACAGGGCAGGAAUCAAGGAGCAUCGGCCACCAACUCCGAGGAUUCUGCACUUUUGGCAAUGACAGGGUCAGGAUGCCUGCUCUCCUAACCCUGGGCAACCCAGGAUUGUACUUGAGAGAGAGGCAGAAGGAGUGGUCCAGAAAUCAUUUCUCACAUUUGUUUUAUUCUUCACCAGCUCCCAGGGGGGCUCCAAGCCCUGGGGAGUGUGGCUCUGUAGCGGCUGGUCUCAAGCAUCCACCAAGGGGCAGCACGGAGCCCUCCGUGCCCCAAGCGUCCCAGGAGCCUGGAGUGUAACUUCCUAUCUUCUGGGCCACCACCUUCCACGUUCCAUGUUCCACCAGCCCUCGGUGACAGACCUGGGCUGCCCUGGGGACACCAUCACUGCUACUUCUGGGCCCAAUGGAGAAGAAAGCUUCAGCUCUUGGGCGCCUUCUUUGGGGGAUGGGGUGAAGGAAACAUUGCAGAGGCCUGGAGGCGGGGUGUGGCGGGCUGGAGCCAGCCAGCAGGGACUGCCCUCCUGAGGACGGGAAGGAUCUUGCCGACCGUCAGUACCCUACGUGGCCCUGGUAUUUGGCUCACUCUGGGGGGACUUCGGAAGCUGUGGUGAAGAUGUAGCCUAGGCCUGGAGGGCUCUGGAAAGAGGAGCUCCCGCCUUGCCGAGAGCCCAGGCAGAGCCCGUUGUGGAGGGUGAGGUGGGGAGAGAGAUGCUUGUGGGGCUCCUGGGUUCUGGGUGUGAAUGCUGACUCCAGGCCUCUGCCUUUGCCGGAGGUGGGGUGUCCCUGGCUCCCAGUGGAGCCCCGUGUGACUAAUAAAAGACCGUGAACCCUC